AUGGCUGAAGCAUCUCCUUCACGUAAAAGCAAACCUCAAAUGAUGGAGUCAGACAUGGAAGCUGCGCAGCAUCUUAUUCAACUGAGCGAAGAUAGCAGCUGCAGCGACAACAUUUCCGGGAAGAGGAACAGAAGCUGUGACGGGGAAGAGGUUCAUCACAUAACUGCAGCCAACAAGAUUCGAGAGAUUUUCGGGGAAGACAAGGUUUAUCAGCCGAAGAAAAAGAAGAAGAAGAAGAAGAGAAGAUAUCGGUCUCUUGUGAACAUAUACAUGGCCACUGCACCCAUAUCAAUGCUUCAAAGGUAA